UCGGCUAUGUGCCGUGCUGCUGUGCCAGCCGAGGCUGUGGCCGCAUGCGGCAAGACAUAUAAGGGCGGCGGGCAGGUACACACGCACGCACACACACGUCACGUCACGCAGGCACACACGACCCGCACCAUGGCCUCCAUAGCAAAGACGCUGCGCCCACUCGCGCGCACGGCAGCCGCCUCGUCGCCAGCAUCACGCCCACUGCGACCCGCCGCCGCCGCCCGCCGCCUCGCCCCGCAGCACACAGCCCGCCGCUGCCUCUCGACGACAGCAGCACGGCGCGAGGCGGUCGACAUCUCGGACAUCCCGCCGACGCCCAUCACGCACCUCUCGGAGACGGAGGCGCUCAUGGGCGAGACGGUGGCCAAGUUCGCCAACGAGGUGAUCCUGCCCAAGGCGCGCGCCAUGGACGAGGCCGAGGCCAUGGACCCGGCCGUGGUCGAGCAGCUGUUCGAGCAGGGCCUGAUGGGCAUCGAGAUCCCCGAGGAGUACGGUGGCUCGGGCAUGAACUUCACCGCCGCCAUCAUCGCCAUCGAGGAGCUGGCGCGCGUCGACCCCAGCGUCAGCGUCCUGUGCGACGUGCACAACACGCUCGUCAACACGGCCCUGCUCAAGUGGGGGUCGGCCCAGCUGAAGAAGGAGUGGCUGCCGCGCCUGGCCACCAACACCGUCGGCUCCUUCUGCCUGUCCGAGCCCGUCUCCGGCUCCGACGCCUUCGCCCUCGCCACCAAGGCCGUCCGCACCGACGGCGGCUACAAGAUCAGCGGCAGCAAGAUGUGGAUCACCAACAGCGUCGAGGCCAACUUCUUCAUCGUCUUCGCCAACCUGGACCCCAGCAAGAAGUACAAGGGCAUCACGGCCUUUGUCGUCGAGAAGGGCACCCCGGGCUUCUCCAUCGCGAAGAAGGAGAAGAAGCUGGGCAUCAAGGCGAGCAGCACGUGCGUCAUCAACUUCGACGACGUCGAGAUACCCGCGGGGAACCUGCUGGGGAACGAGUUCGAGGGCUACAAGUACGCCAUUGCGCUGCUCAACGAGGGGCGCAUCGGCAUCGCGGCGCAGAUGACGGGCCUGGCGCUGGGUGCAUGGGAGAAUGCCGCUGGGUAAGCAUGCCCCGCUCUGCACCCCACCCCACUCCGUCUCCCUCUCCACUGCUAACACGUCCGCAGCUACGCGUGGAACGACCGCAAGCAGUUCGGCCAGCUCAUCGGCGAGUUCCAGGGCAUGCAGCACCAGCUCGCCCAAGCCUACACCGACAUUGCCGCUGCUCGC